CCCUUGUGCCUCCUCCUAAGUCAUCUCACGCCUUCCAUGGACUCAGUGGUCAAGGACGAAAUGCAGCCGGCCCUUCCCCCAGGCUCUUCCUGCCCAGGGCCGGAGUGGCCAGAGCAGGAGAGAGCGGAACAGCUGGCCCGGGGUGCAGCACUCAAGUGGGCCUCGGGCAUCUUCUAUCGGCCAGAGCAGCUGGCCAGGCUGGGCCAGUACCGCAGCCGCGAGGUGCAGCGCACCUGUUCCCUGGAAGCACGCCUAAAGACAAUGGUACAGUCGUACCUUGAAGGUGUGCAGACUGGUGUGUGGCAGCUAAACCGGGCCUUGGAGGCGGUACAAGGAACACGGGAGGCCCUGAACCAGGCCCAUGGGCUGCUGCAGGACUUGGCCCGAGCCUCCCAGGCCCUGGAGCCCCUGCGGGAGCAGGUCUCCCAACACAGGCAGCUGCAGGCCCUGUCACAGUUGUUGCCCCGGCUGCAGGCAGUGCCAGCUGCGGUGGUCCACACACAGAGCCUGAUUGACAGCCAGCAGCUCUUGGAGGCAUAUGUGAACCUGCGGGAGCUGGAGCAGCUGCAGGAGGAGACGUGGAUGCCCCUGGGGGGCCUGGACUUGCCAGUUUUCCAAGGACUGGGCUCUCUGGCUGAAGCUCUUGGCCAGGCUGUGGAAGCCGCUGCAGGGGCUGCAGGACAGCUGGCAAAGGAGAACCCAGCCCUGCUGGUGGCCGCUGUGCGGGUAGCAGAGGGAGAGGCUGGACGUACAGCCUGCCUGGGGCAGGCCCCCCGGGACUGGCGGCAGCGCUUUCUGCAGGCACUCCAGCACGGCCUGGAGCAGCUCUACUUUGCACCAUCUAUGUUGCCUGGACCAGGGGCCCUGGCAGGGUGGCUGGAGGCCCUGCGGGUGGCCCUGCCUGCUGAGCUGGCCACAGCAGAGGCGCUGGUGGCCCCCUGCUGCCCUCUGCACUACAACGUGCUCCAGCUGUGGGCCCGCACGCUGCACAAUGGACUGCGCUGCAGCUUGCAGCAGCUCCUUGCGGGCCCGGAGCUGGGAGCUGCAGAUGCCUUCGCCCUGCUGCACUGGGCCCUGCACGUGUACCUGGGGCAGGAAAUGAUGGGGAGCCUGGAGCUGGGACCUGAGGCUGAUAUGUCCCAGUUUGAGCCCCUUCUGACUUCUGAGAACAUUGAGCAGCUGGAGGCAACAUUCGUGGCCCAAGUUCAGGCAAGUGUAACUCAGUGGCUGCAGAAGGCACUGGAUGGGGAGGUAGCUGAGUGGCACCGGGAGCAGGAGCCCAACACUGACCCAUCUGGCUUCUACCACUCCCCAAUGCCAGCCAUUGUGCUACAGAUCCUGGACGAGAACAUUCGAGUAGCCAGCCUGGUCAGUGAGUCACUGCAGUGGCAGGUGCACAGCAUGGCACUGGCAGAGAUGGGCGCAUUCCUCCGGAGCUUCAGUGAUGCCCUCAUCCGGUUCUCCCGGGACCACCUCAGGGGAGAAGCCACGGCCCCUCAGUAUGUGUCCUACCUCCUUGCUGCCCUCAACCACCAGUCAGCACUCAGGUCCUCGGUGUCGGUGCUGCAGCCCGAAGUGGCGGCCCCGGGAGCCCUGGCCCCAGUCGAGGCCGCGCUAGACGAGCUGCAGAGGAGGAUCUGUCGCCUGGUGUUGGAAGCGUUGCUGCUGGAGCUUCAGCCCCUGUUUGCGGCUCUGCCCUCUCGCCAGUGGCUGUCGAGCUCUGAGCUGCUGGAUGGUGUCUGUGAGCGCACAGCACGUUUCUGUGGGGAAUUCGGGCACGUGCGGAGCCCCGAGGUCCAGCUGCUGUUGGCCGAGGCCGAGCGCGCCGUUGUGUUACAGUACCUGCGCGCGCUGAUGCAGGGCCGCCUGGUGUGUCGCGGUGCGGAUGAGCGCGCCCAGGCGGCCGAGCGCUUACGGCACGAUGCCGCCCAGCUUCGGGAGCUCUUCCUAGGCUUGGAGCUGGAGGAGAGCGCACACUGCGCGCCCGUGCUGCUGCAGCUUGGAGAGCUGCUGAGCCUCCGGGACCCCACGCUGCUCGGCCUCGAGGUGGCCGGACUGCGGCAGCAAUUCCCAGACGUGAGCGAGGACCAUGUCUCGGCGCUCUUGGACCUGCGUGGGGACCUGACGCGAGAGCAGCGUCAGGCGGCGCUCAGCUCCCUGCAGGCGGGCCCGCCGCCUUCGCCGCCCGCCAGUGGCCGCCGGGCACUCUUCAGCCUCGUGCCUGCCCCCACGCCCUCGUCGCCAUCCUGUCUGCCCUCGGGGUCCUGCGCCUGACGUUAGGCUGCCUGCGGACGUUAGCCACGGCCACCCCUAGGCUGUUGCGCGUGUGCGUGGG